CUCAAACAUCCUAAUUGAGAAAUGUUCUUGCAGCAAAUAGGAAUAACUCAUCCAAACUUACUAUCAGUAUAGUGGUUCCUUUGGUUGUCGCAGUACUUUUUUCCAUUGCCUUCGGGUUCUUCUGUUUCGGGAGAAAGAGAACGCAGAGAAAGAAGUAUGACUGUAAGUGUCCAUCCCUCAAACAUGUCAUCUAGGCAUAUGUGUCUCUAACUUGCUUAAUGGGUUCGCACAAUUUGUUGUUUUGGUCAUGAAGAUGUGGAUGAUGAGACUCCAGUUACAGCAGAGUCUUUGCAGUUCAACUUCAGUACAAUAAGUGCUGCAACAGACAAAUUCUCGGAAGCUAAUAAACUUGGAGAAGGCGGGUUUGGUUCUGUUUACAAGGGGACACUUCCAGAUGGGCGAGAUAUAGCCGUGAAGAGGCUAUCAAAAUACUCUGGUCAAGGUGACCUAGAGUUCAAGAAUGAAGUUACAUUAGUAGCUAAACUUCAACAUAGAAAUCUUGUUAACCUUGUAGGUUUCAGCUUAGCUAGUGAAGAAAAACUACUCAUCUAUGAAUUCAUGCCAAAUGCAAGCCUUGACCAAUUUCUGUUCGAUCCGACUAAAUGCACACAACUGGAUUGGGAAAGACGACACAAGAUAAUAGCAGGGGUAGCAAGAGGACUUGUAUAUCUCCAUGAGGAGUCUCGACUUAAAAUCAUCCACCGGGAUCUCAAAGCUAGCAAUAUAUUAUUAGACAUGGACAUGAAUCCUAAAAUUGCAGAUUUCGGCAUGGCUAGGCUUUUUGUUCAUGACCAAACUCAAGAGCGUACAAGCAAAAUUGUUGGAACGUAUGGCUAUAUGGCUCCAGAGUAUAUAAUGCAUGGUCAUUUCUCAGUGAAAUCGGACGUUUUUAGUUUUGGUGUCUUAAUAUUAGAGAUACUUUGUGGACAGAAGAACAGCAGUUUUUAUCAAUCAGAUGUUUCUCAAGACCUUUUAAGCUAUGUAUGGAGACAUUGGAAUGACGGAUCAGCUAUAGAAAUAUUAGAUCCAACAUUGAAAGACACAUAUUCUAGAAAUGAAGUGGUGAGAUGCAUCCAUGUUGCAUUAUUAUGUGUUCAAGAAAAUAUUGCAGAUAGACCCACAAUGCCCACAGUUAUCCAAAUGCUCAACAGCUACUCUGCGACUGAUCCUGCUUUACCUUUAGCGCCUGCGUUUUUUAUUGGGAGUACCGUAAAUAUGGAGCCCCAGUCGAACUUAGGCUACAGCGAAGAACAAGGAAGCUCGAAGAACGAGUCGGUGAUUAGUGAAGUAGGGGCGGGGAGCGUGAAUGAAGUUACAAUUACAGAACUAGACCCUCGAUGAUGAUAUAUACCACUACAUUUCCAGA